AUGGCUUUCUGGUCUUCCUGGCAGCAGUGGGAGAAGCUGAGCCUGAUACUGGUCAUGCUCUACGCCUACUGCGUUCUCCUGUACAACAACUGGAGAGUCCGCCGGUAUGCGGUUACCGAAGCCCGCCAAAAAGAGGGCGAGGCAGAGCUGUACCCUAUCCUUACACUGGAUGAUGUUCCAUUUGGGGCAAGAGCCCUCAAACGAGGCGUUCAUGUCGAGGGAAUCUGGGUUGCGAAUUUCGACUCCCGAGCCCCAGCCCAAGUCUACGCCUCCCCAGUACACCCGUUAGGAGCCAAGCUGCGAGUCCGAUGCCGAGCCCGAUUCCGCUUCGAGCAGAAAGCCUAG